AUGGAUGAUGUAUAUAAAGCAGCGGUCGAGAACUUGACAGAGGAACAGAAAAAUGAGUUCCGCGCUGCCUUUGACAUCUUCGUGCAGGACGCUGAGGAUGGCUGCAUCAGCACUAAGGAGCUUGGGAAGGUGAUGAGGAUGCUGGGACAGAACCCCACUCAAGAGGAGCUGCAGGAGAUGGUGGACGAAGUAGAUGAGGACGGCAGUGGGACAGUAGAUUUUGAUGAGUUCUUGGUGAUGAUGGUGCGCUGCAUGAAAGAGGAGAGCAAAGGAAAAUCAGAGGAAGAGCUGGCAGAGGUCUUCCGCAUGUUUGAUAAAAACGGAGACGGCUACAUUGACUUAGACGAGCUGAAAAAUAUGCUGGAGUCUACAGGAGAAGCAAUCACUGAGGAUGACAUUGAGGAGCUCAUGAAGGACGGAGACAAAAACAAUGAUGGCAAGAUUGACUAUGAUGAGUUCUUGGACUUCAUGAAGGGAGUGGAGUAAAAACUGUCAACCCUGAUGCAUCUCCUCUGGCUCCAUGUGUCCACCUCAUCAUUCCCUGUCGCAGAGAUGGGACACAAAGCAGUGCCCUCAACUCAAUCUGGAGAACAUAAAACUAAUCCACAAAUAUGUUGAAAAAGAUGCUAGAAAAAUGUGUAAAUAAUAUUCAUUACUACUUAGUAUAUAUUGGUUCUAAAACGGUAAGUUGUAAGUUCAAACAGUGCAUCUGUGCACAUCAAAGCAGCAAGUUUGUGACUAAUUAAAACAGGUAAAAUAAAAA